AUGAUACGUAGAACUACGAAACUACUAACAAUAGUUUAUCCUCGAAUAGAGCUCAUAGGGCCUGUUCCAUUACGGACGAUGCAUACCACCCUGCCCUUCCACAGGAAACCUCAAUCGAUCUCAAGGAGAAAUCAUAUGUCAUCUACUGUUGAUUGGAAACCUAUCAAGACACAUCAUAAUCCAAACGAAGAUCCAAAUCUACACGAUCGUGGUAUUGGUAGGAAAAUCGCAUUGGGUUUAAUGAUCGCUAUGCCCGUGAUUUCCUUUUAUCUUGGUACAUGGCAAUUAAGAAGACUCAAAUGGAAGACCAGAUUGAUUGCUACAUGUGAGACCAAGUUAACGUACGAACCAAUCCCUUUACCGAAGAAUUUUACCGUAGAUAUGUGUGAAGACUGGGAAUAUAGGAAAGUUAUCCUCAAGGGAGAAUUCUUGCAUGAUCAAGAAAUGUUCGUGGGACCAAGAAGUAAGAAUGGAACCAAGGGGUAUCUAUUAUUUACACCUUUUAUUAGGGCCGAUACUGGGGAGAAAGUAAUGAUCGAAAGAGGUUGGAUUGCUGAAGAAAAAAUUCCACCUGAAAAUAGAACUCUGCAUCAUUUAUCGUUGCCUCAAGGAAAAAAUGUAGAAGUAGUUUGUAUGGUUCGUCCUCCAAAGGAGCGUGGUCAGUUCCAAUGGGCUAAAGAAGAUAAGAAUUCAAGAUUAUGGCAGGUUGCUGACGUUUGGGAUAUGGCCAAGACCUCCGGGUGUGCUCCAAUUCAUUUCCAAGCUAUUUAUGACAUGAAAGACCAUCCUAUCACUCCAGAAGCACCAAAUAACUUUGCAAAACAACAAGAGCAAUUGGCUCCCUUCUGGAAAUUUUGGGCUAAAAAGGACAUUGGAAACCAUAUUAAGGAGACCCAAGUUACUGUUGCGUCUGAAAAACCUUUACGAAAGAUGAAUGAUGAUGAUACUGCGGAAUUUAAUGAAUUCCAAUUCAUUAAAGCUGGUGUACCCAUUGGAAAGAAGCCAACUAUAGAUCUAAGGAAUGCACAUCUACAGUAUCUAGUUACGUGGUAUGGGCUAUCUCUUCUAAGUACUGUAUUUUUAAUCAUUGCAAUCAAGAAAUAUUGGAAAAGAGGUGUCGUUUCACCUGAACAGUUGAAGAAGGAUAAAUUGAAGCAUGCAAAGAAAUAUAUGUGA